AUGCGUGGUUUUUUGCCCGUGGAGAAGAGCUGCUUGUACUGCCACGUUUGCCGCUGCUUGCAUUGCCACGUUGCCGCUGCUUGGGUUGCCGCCAGUGCUGUAGCAGCUGCCGCCUCCCUUUUCCUGCAGAGUUUCGUGCAAGAUCCUCUAAUUGAGUGGAGGACGGCUCUCUCUCGGCAUCAGCAGCAACAGCAGCAGCGCGAGGCUGCCGCAGCAAGUGCAUGGGAAAGGAAGGCCUACACCUGCAUAGUCAACAUCCAGCAGAAGCUAAGAGGUGCCAUCUCCGCCCUUCCACCGGGUGCCUUUGAGUUCUCGGUACACCACCAAAAGGAUCCCCAGAAGGAGGAAACACGAGAGAAUGCCGACGACGGCAGCAGCAGCAGCAGCAGCGAGGCAUCCUUCCUAGAGUCCGAGGAUGAGGAGGCGCAAGCUCCAGCUGCGGCAGGCAGCAGUGCAGUUGCUGCUGCUGCACACGGCAGCGUCGGCACCCUCGGAGUGCAUGCGCAAGUAGACGCCCUGAUCCGUGCAGCCACUGCUGAAGAAAAUCUCGCCAGAAUGUAUGUGGGUUGGCUUCCAUGGUACUGA